AUGGAGCUCUCUCUUUCUCACUCUCUCUCACUCUCUCUCUCUCCCUCUUUCUCUCUCUCUCUUCUAUCCCCCCCUCUCUCUCUCUCUCUUUCUCUUUCACACCCUUCACUUCUCUUCUUACCGGUUACUUUCUCGAACUUCCAUCAUUUUAUUCUUUCCAUCUAUUCUAUUCCUCUAAUUUUCGAACGUUUUAUCCUUGCUCUCUCUUUCUCUCUCUCUCUCUCUCUCUCUCUCUCUCUCUCUCACACACACACACACAGAGAGACACAUACACACACUCUCUCUCUUAACCCAUCGUUUCUAACAGUCUCCUUUUCUAUCUCCAUCUCUCUAUCUCUUUCGCUCAGUUCUCGUCUUCACCUUUUCUUUCUCCUUCUCUCUCUUCCAUCCUUUAUCAUCAUAAGAGAUUCCUUUUUUCUCUAUCUCUAUUUUCAUCAGUUUUCUUCCUCACAUUUUCACGCCCUCUCUCUCUCUCUCUCUUACUUAUUCACACACACAGACACGCACACACACACACACACACACCUUUCUUUUCUGUUCCUUAAUUCUCUUUCUCAAAUUCUCUCUUUGUCUCUCCUUCCUUUAAUAGUUUUCCUCCUAUUCUCUUUCUCUCUCUCUCUCUCUCUCUCUCUGUAUCUUUCUCUCACUGUCUCUCUCUAUCAGUGCCCAUUCCCCUCUCUUUCUCUUAUUCUUUCUAUCCUAUACUUUCAUAAUUCUCUUCCUACCUCUUCUCUCUUUUCCUCUCUCUCUCUCUCUCUCUUUGUCCCAAUUCUCUUAGUCUCUCUCUCUCUUUCUCUCUCCAUCGUUUAUCUUUUUAUCAAACUACUUUUAUAUCUCUCUUUUUCAUUCACGCUUUUUCUCUAUCUUUCUUUCUCUCAACCAAACUCUGUUUCUAUCUUUCUCUCUACCCUCAAUUAUUUCCCGCACUUUUUCUCUCUUUCUCUUGUUCGACUUUUGACCAAACUCAUUCUCUCUCUCUCUCUCUUUCUAUCUCUCUCAUAUACACACACACACUUUCUUUUGUUCUUUUCCCCUCUCUCUCUCUAUUUCUCUCUUCCCUCAUUGUUUCUAAGAAACUCCUUUUCAAUCUCUCUUUCUUCCUCUCAGUUCUCUUUCUUACCUUUUCUCUUUCCUUCUCUCUCUUUCAUUCUUCAUCUUUCUAACAAACUUCUUUUCUAUAUAUCUAUCACUCACUUCGCUUACACACCUUUCUCUCUCUCUCUCUCUCUCACACACACUCUCUUUAUCUAUCAAUAUUUCUCUCUUUCUCUCUCUCUCUCUCUCUCUUUACCAUCUUUUACUACUGUUCUUUUUAACUCUCUCUUUCCAUUGGUUCUUUUCCUCGGCCUUUCGCUCCCUUUCUUUCUCUCUUGCUAUCUUUUAUCUUUCUACCAAAAUCUUUCCUCUCUUCCUGUCAAUUCUCUCCGGAGCAACUUUUCAGUGGCAAAGACAUUAUUGCCACCAUAA